ACACGCGACGAACGUGUAACUUAAUUGUGCUGGUGGUAGAUUAGGUUGAUAUCGGGUGGUAGUGCGGGGUAUGUGAGUGCAGUGAUGAUGCUAGGUGGCAUGGACGGUAAGGAGUACGGCGCGCUGCACGCGGCCGCCGCCGCCGCCGGGUACGCGAUGGACACUGGUGAGUUUUAUCCAAAUGCGGCGGCGAUGAGCAAUGCUGGCAUGGGCCCUGGCUCGCAACAGUACGGGGAAGUCAACCAGCUCGGCGGCGUCUUCGUCAAUGGCAGACCUCUGCCUAAUGCCGUGAGGUUGAGGAUCGUGGAGUUGGCUCAAUUGGGAAUCAGGCCCUGUGAUAUAAGUCGACAGCUGCGCGUCUCGCACGGCUGCGUGUCGAAGAUCCUGGCUCGAUACCACGAGACUGGCUCCAUCUUACCCGGCGCCAUCGGUGGAUCCAAACCUCGAGUCACCACGCCUAAGGUAGUCUCAUACAUAAAGCAACUAAAGGCUAAAGACCCAGGGAUAUUCGCGUGGGAGAUAAGAGAUAGAUUGCUGGCGGACGGAGUCUGUGAUAAAUACAACGUGCCCUCGGUGUCCAGCAUCAGUCGUAUCCUGCGCAAUAAGCUCGGCGGCACCCUGUACCCUGUGCCACCGCUGUACCCUGUACCUCCCCAGAGAUGUUGGCCCCUACAUCAGCCAUAUGACUAUUAUGUAUAUCUCCAAGGCCGGCAACACGCGACGGGCGCGCCGCACGCUCUCCCGCACGCGCACGCGCCGCCCGCGCCGCACCACGCGCACGCGCACGCCUUGUGACCGACGUACUCGCCGCACUGACACCUCCGCCAUCUCAGUCCGCGGGCUAAAGUACGCUGAGAUACGAGUGGCGUGCAAAUAAAUCUUACGUCCUGUAAUUUUGCAACAUCUAUGUGAAUAUAAAUACAAUUGAAGAUAUAAUUAAAUAAGUUACAUGAAGUGUUGAAGAUGAACAGGUGCCUGAGGAUGUGUCGUGCUUGAGGUGAUAAAGAUUCCUACUGUAUGAAGUGACUGUUAUAAAUGAUGGUAAAGGUGAUAAAGACCGUCUUAAGUAAUAUUUAAAAUUAAUAAUAAAAAAUAUAAAACGCACUUUACUCGAGAGUAAAGCAGAUAGUGGAUAGUAAGAUGUUAUCUAUGGUCAUAGGUGUGAUCAUAAACAUAUGCAUAUAAUGUAGACGA